AAUGUGAAAAUUACAUGUGUAAUCCAUCCAUUUAUCUUGGUUGUAUUCCUUAUUUAUUCAAAACAAGCUCCCCUACUUUAAAAACCCUUUCUAUAUAUUUGGAAGAAUUCUUUCAUCACUUACUUUGUACAUUCAAUUCCAUACAUUCUGAAUUUAUAACCUCGUUAUAUAAAAUAAUGCCUCCUGUCCACUCCAGCCCAUUUCAUCAAAUGGAAAACCCAGCUCUUGCAUCGUUUUUACAGCACACCACCAAUCGGGAAAAGCGAUCAAAAAGUCGCAGUGGCAGCGGUGGCGGCGGCGGCGGUGGUAUCUUCCGCAUGUUCAAGCUUCUUCCCAUGCUAACCUCCGGUUGCAAGAUGGUGGCACUAUUAGGCCGGCCAAGAAAGCAGCUGCUAACUGAUCACGCAACCACCGGAACCCUAUUUGGUUACCGGAGAGGGAGAGUAAGUUUAGCCAUCCAAGAAGAUCCACACCGUCUCCCAGUCUUUGUGAUUGAGCUUCCGAUGAGCUCAACCGCGUUCCAGAAAGAAAUGGCGUCAGAUAUCGUCAGAUUAUCGCUGGAAAGUGAAACUAAAACUAAUAAGAAGAAGGUGUUGGAGGAAUAUGUGUGGGGAGUUUAUUGUAAUGGAAGGAAAUAUGGGUAUUCGAUACGAAGGACACAAAUGACAGAUGAUGAACUUCAUGUGAUGCAGUCGCUGCGAGGGGUGUCAAUGGGUGCCGGAGUACUUCCGGGGCUGUCGGGAAAGGAGUGGGCGGUGGACGGCGAGUUGACUUAUAUGAGAGCAAGGUUUGACCGAGUGGUCGGAAGUAAAGAUUCAGAAGCUUUUCAUAUGAUCAAUCCUGAAGGAGCUGCAGAUGGCCAAGAACUCAGCAUUUUCUUUAAAAAAAAAAUUCAAAAUCUUCAUCUUCGUUCUUUCGGAACAAAGUUAGUCUCCUAAAUCGUGUCGAUUUGUGAGGAUGUAUCAGAUCUUCAUCGAGCACCGCUAUUGUGGUAUGUUGGACUCUGCAAUUACGAUAUGUUGAAUAUCGAACUGCCUUGCAAAUUUGUCUACAAUCUUCCUCUGCAAUGGUACUCUGCAACCACUCUACAGCUUCCCCUACCAUUGUAGUCCCAUUUCGUAGCUUUGUAUUUUGAUGUUGAAAAUUAUAUAUGAUGUCAAACGGAAGAGAAAAUUCCAUAACUCAAAAGGAGAUCACUUAUGUGGGCUCGAGUUCUUCUUCAUCAUUUUGCUUUCUUAUGUAGGAGAUUAUUUAUAAAAAUAGUCAGCUUAUCCUUGUGUGGUA